AUGAAUCUGAAAUUGCAAAAGCGUCUUGCCGCUUCGGUUCUGAAGUGUGGCAAAGGGCGAGUAUGGCUGGAUCCUAAUGAAAGCAAUGAAAUUGCGAUGGCCAACUCUCGUUUCAGCAUCAGGAAGUUGGUUGGCGACGGUCUUAUAAUUAAGAAGGCUGUUUCGCCACACAGCCGUGCACGUAUUCGUCUUAUCCACGCUUCUAAGCGCCUGGGUCGUCACUCUGGUAUAGGAAAGCGCAAGGGUGCUAAGGGAGCGCGUCAACCCCCGAAGUUGUUGUGGAUGCGCCGUCAGCGCGUGUUACGCCGCAUGCUUCGUAAGCUGCGUGAUGCGAAGAAGAUGGACUCUCACAUGUACCAAAACUUCUACAAGCGCUGCAAGGGUAACCAGUUUAAGAACAAGCGUGUUCUAUUGGAGGCGAUUCACAGCCAGAAGAAUUCAUGGAUUAAACAGAAGGCGGAGAACGAACAGAUCGAGGCCCUAAAGGCCAAGGCUAAGGCCAUCAGGGACAAGCGCAAGAGCAGGAUGGCUGCUCGCGCGGUUUAA